AGAUGUCCUCGCUACACUGACCGCAGCCUCGCGCUCUCACCUGAGCGCGCGGAGCCUCCUCCAGGUGGGAGCUGCAGGUCGACGACAACUUCCCUUCACUUCCCCCUCUGACUCUGCGGUCCGCUUGAACGUUGACAGACAAACUGCGCUGACAGUGUGGGAGAAGUCGGUAACCUACAUCCAAACAAAACGGAUCUGUGCCCGCGGGUACAACCAAAUCCCGACUCCAGUCGCUUCCUGAACUGCUUUCCACGGAAAUGGUUCACCUGAACUUUUCCUUCGGACGGUGAAAUUUUGGAGUUGGAGAGGAAGGGCGCAGCAGGGAGACGCUUCAAAUGGAGAGAGGGUGAAUAAACCCAACUGUAUCAUAAAAGUUCAUCAAGGGCGUUGCUCCAGUGUGAGGUGCUAUGUCAAACCGUGACUCAAUGGGGUUUGGGGAACUGAUUCCCCAGGAUGUGGUCGAUAUUUUUGCCCAGGACAAGCACAGCAAAAGGGGCCGGAAGAAGCGCAGUAACUCCCUGGGCCGGGCUCUGGGCUGGCUGAAGGGCAAAAAGAGGAAGGAUCUCGAUGCUAAGGGGCAGAGCCUGGGACUAGGUCCUGCACUCGACUUGGCUUUGGAUGGGCACCCUGCUGGACAUCAGGGUGGACACAAGGGAGGACAGAAGUCAGGAAGGCAGGCUCACCCUCAAGCUGUCCCAAAGCGGGAUGACGAUGACAAGACCCCGGCACCCCCGUUGAUCCAGGAGAACGUGUUCAUCGAGGGCAGCAGGCAUCAGUACCUGGAGAACCUUCACACUGAGGCCCUGGAGGGAUUGAAAAUGAUGCAGCAAGAAGAAAACAAUCAUGGAAUGGAAUUCCAGGACAAUGAAAGCACAGUUUCCACAAUGACAGUCCAGACAGACGGGGAAGGUGGAGGGUUUAUGACAGACAGUACCAUUGCUGACACAACUUCUGUCGUCUCUGUACAAUCAUCCGUGUCCACAAGAUCUUCCCGCUCUGGACUCACCAGGCAAGAAUCAACAUUCAGACCCUUGAACUCUGGGAAAAAGACCAAGACAAGGAGAAGACACAGGAAGACUGUUGUGGGUAUCCCACAGCAUGUUCAGAGAGAACUGGGUCUGGACAGAGUUGGUUGGUCCCUGACUCAGAGGUUAGAUGAGGACCAGCUUUAUAAUGGUGAAACUGACGACAGCACAACCACUGAUGGGCCACAGCAGGCAGCACAGUCACAAAAGGGAGCCAGUGCCAGCCUUCAGCACAUGAACGUCAUCCAUCCCCUCAACGAAGGCAGACUCCAGCAGCUCGGUGCCACCCAUGCUGGUCAUAGGGAUGACCUGGCCCUGCUGCCCCGCCUGGGCCCUGCCUCGUCAGGUGGGCAGAGGCCUCGGUCCCUGGCCGUUCCCUGGAUGACCACUGCCAACAGCCUUCAGCAGGAGCCACCAGGCCCUGUCAUGUCCAUGUCACCCCAGGCCCCCUACAUGUCCAAAAUCAUUCCCAAUGCUGUGUUGCCACCCUCAAUCGAUGUGGUGGAAAUCAGCCGUGGACGAAGUCGCAACAGCGUCCGCACCGUCAGCAAGAGCAGCCUGCUGCUGUCCAGCCCAGCCCCCUCCCGUGCUUCCUCUAGAGCCUCUUCCUCCAGAACCACUUCCUCCAGAGCCUCCAACAUCACCUCUGCCUCCCGCUACAACCCUUCCAAUAUGUCUGACAGCUCUUGUUGGAGCAACUCUGAGUCGUCAGACACCUUAGUAUCUGACUCCUCUACCAUCUCAAUCAACAGCACCCCCAGACAGAUGAGGUCACAGGACGGAGAUGCCUCUGCUAAAGAGGACAAAAUCAGUGUUUACUCCUCAAUCAGCAAGGCUUCAAAAUGCACCUCCAAUGGCCAGCUCAUUAUUAAGCAAGACGAGGUUAAGAAAGAGGGGUCGUUUGCGCGUAGCCUCUCUGUCAUGAAGCCCAAGAGGGCUCCUCCUCCUCCAAGCCGCUCCUAUUCCCUUCACAAUAAGAUGAAGCGACGGUCACGUGAUUUGGCAGAGGUUAGGAUCAACUCAAGGGAAUCUCCUCUCCAUAACGCCUAUGCCUCUAGUGAGGAAAAUGAAAAAAAACAAAUUGUUUCCUGUGCCCUCCAUAACCAUAGACAACCCUGGAUACAAUGCUGACACCAGUUCUCUGGAAGACUCCUCAGGUUCUGUGUCAUUCAGUCCCAUCAGAUUGCAGCUGCAGGCACUAAAGGCAGAGGCUGAUGCUG